AUGGCAAACGAUACAUCAACACCGCAAGGCUACGCCCCUUUUGACUUGUACCCUUACAAUCCAUCUCAAGCUCCAGCAUAUGCCUUCUUAGGCCUCUUUGCAGCGGUCGGUAUCGCGCACUUUAUUAUGAUGUUCCCUUAUCGAUCAGCCUUUCCAAUCCCCAUGAUCAUAGGAUGCGGCAUGGGGGCUACCGCCUAUUGGUUUCGAUCACGAUCUCACGACAAUCUCCGACAAACACUGCCUUUUCUAAUACAAAACCUACUCGUCCUUGUGGCACCACCAUUCCUCGCCGCCACCAUCUAUAUGUGUCUCGGUCGAAUCACGAGAGCUCUGAAGGCUCAAGAAACCUCCCUUAUAAGUUUGCGCUGGAACACCAAACUGUUCGUCUUGAUUGAUCUGAUCUGCUUUGUCACGCAGACUGCAGGUGCCAUCAUGUCAGGCAGUGAGGUCAUUGAAGAGGCGAAGCGAGGUCAGACCAUCAUCAUUGCCGGACUGGUUCUUCAGAUUCUUGCUUUUGCCUUGUUCAUAAUCUGCGUUCUCACUCUGCAGCUCAGGAUCCGCUCAAACCCGCCUGUCGAGUGUCUUGCAGGUGUUAUAACGCAUUAUCGCCGAUAUUUUAUCACGCUAUACUGCACGAGCGGCCUGUUUUUGAUACGCAAUUUGGUCAGGAUUGUUGAGUAUAAGCAAGGAGGUGACGGCCCUCUUUUGUCAAAUGAGGCUUUCCUAAAAUCUCGGCUCGGCUGCCAAACCUGCAAAAGAAGAAAGAUCAAGUGCGACGAAGUGAAACCGCAAUGCGGAAAAUGCAUCCAGUUUGGUGUCUGGUGCGACUUCUCUCCCCAAUUACCACCACCUCAGGCUUCUCCCAAUCCCCGAUCCGAAUCUCAACCUCGGGGUCCAGGACGUCCCAGAUCAGAUUGGGUAUCUUGGGCUGAUCAGAUUCGAUGCCACGCGGCUGAGUCUGCUAUAGAACGCUCCGAAUAUCUAAAUACUAUGGAUCUUGAGCUUUUCCACAAUUACAUGACCAAGACUGCAGACACCCUUCACGACGGGACCCAACCCGGUCUUUGGUCUGAAGGUGCUCCUCGAAUAGGUUUUCAGCACAACUGUAUACUGAAGCUUCUACUCUCGUUAUCAUCAUAUCAUCUGGCUAAACUCAAGCCUAUUGAGAAGUCGCGAUAUUUAUUAAUUGCGGAAACGCAUUUGACGACUGCGUUGCAGCCAGCGACGGUAUUGAUCAGCCGCCUUGGUGGAGAUAAUAGCCCGGCGGCUUAUCUGACAUCCGUCCUGAUAUGCUUUGUGGCUCUUGCCAAAGGCCCGAGCCCUGGGAAUCUCCUUCUGACCAAUAUCGAAGGGCACGUUUCAUGGCUCCAUCUCCUUCGGGGUGUACGUUCAGUUGUUGAAGUAGCAGGCUGGCCGGCAAUAUUCUCAGGCAUACUGGCAGAAUAUGCUCCAGUACCAAGCGGCGAUAUAUCAGGAGACAGCACCCCGACCGACACGGCCGAGGGCAUCGAAGACUGGCGCUCAUCCUUGAUCAAUAUCUCGCAUGCAAUCACUGGAACUACCGAGGAGAAGCUCAAAAACGCCUACGAACAUGAGCUGGAAGUGCUUGAGAGCUGUUUUGAAAGGACGCUUGGCAAUGGGCAACACGCUGCUUUGGAUGCAGUUGGCAAACUUGAAGAUGUUAUAUGCUGGAUUUACCAGCUUGGGGACGAUUACAUGGAAGGGUUGCGUCAAAGAGACCUAAUCCCGAUGGUCAUCUUGGGACAUUUCUGCGUGUUACUUUGGACAGUUGAGUUCCGGCAUUGGUUCAUACAUGAUUGGGCAUCCCAUAUCAUAAAAGAGAUCCUCGCUAUUACAGAAGAUUCUCGUCAGUGGCUCUCUUGGCCAAUCUCAUAUCUCAAGUUACAAGAAUAG